GGUGAGGAGGCGCAGCCACAGAGGAGAUGACGUGUAACCGGUAGCCAAAUUUGCUGAAAUCGCAGCUGUCUGAAGCUCUCUGAUACGCACACAGGCAAGAAGGACGCAGUGACGUUCAUCUGCAGUGAAUUGGACUCAUCUGUUGUCUUGUUCGUCCAUUCAGGGCUGCUCCUGAACGUUUAUGAUGGCUGGCAGCAGCAGGCCGCCACUCGUUGCGCCAGGUACAGCGCGCGAAUGCGCAGACGCUAUGUAUGUGUGUGUAUGUGUGUGUUGGUGCCUGCAGGGGAUGAGGAGCUCUAUUACAGCAAGAAGCGCGCCGAGCUGCGGGUCAAAAGGAUAGUGUCCAAUAGAGAGCGGGAGAAAGUAAGUCGGUAGUAUGUGAGUGCACUCACACACCUCCGGUGAGUGGCACAGCUUGGCCUUUUGUGAGUGCACUCAAUGAAGGUGAUAGCGGCGCUGCAGCGAGAGUCCUGGCACAGGAAGAAACAACAGGUUCGCUCAACGCGCACGCACACAUAGCGCGAUGAUACACGCACGGGCGCUCACGCGAUGUAUGUGUGUGUGUGCAGGAGGCUGACCGCUUAGCUGAGGAGGAGAGGCAGCGCAAAAUCGCAGAGAAGAAGGAACAGGUCAGUCAGUCGAUCGCUGACUCAUGGAUGGAUGGAUGGAUGGAUGGAUGGAUACACCCCGACACACACCACACGUAUGAGAUGAAUGUGCAUCGACCUAAAGCUAUCCCUCUGUUGAUCCACCCAUCCAUCUGUGCAGCUGCGUCAGUUGCUGGCCUUGCGCGAAGAGUGUCUGCUCACACUUGGGGAGGCGCGCAAAGAAGCCAAGCGCAAAGAACGGUCCGUACGCAGAGGACGCCGUGUGUAUCUCUGCACAGAAACAGAUGAUUGGGUGCUCGGUGCGUGUGUGUAUAUGUGUGUGUGUGUGUGUGUGUGUAGGGAAAAGGCUGUGCAGGAGGCUGAGAACGCUGUCGAGCAAAAGAGAAUCGAAGAGCGGCAGGUGGAGGUAAGUCGACUGCAUCAUAUCAGUGCUUAUACACGCAUGCAUUUCUUUAUAUGCACACACACAGAAGAAUAUGUAUGUGUGUCACGUGUGUCACGUCACGUGUUUGUCAGCGUUCGCGUGCGGCCCUGUGCACAGAGCGGGCGCGGCUGUUGGCCAUGCAGAUGGGCAAGGAGAUGAAAUCCGAACGUCUGUGGGAAGUGGUACGCAUCCAUCCCAUCCCAUCCCAUCUAAUCUACCCUCCUCCUCCCCCCUUCCCAACCCGAUCCACAACACAAACACAUACGCAAGCAGCCAGCCAGCCAGCCGUGUGUGUGUCCGUGUGUGUGCGUUUGUUGUGCAGAGACGCCAGGAGGACAUACGCGCUCAGGUAUGUUGGUUGACGUCAUGUGACGCUGCCGCACAGUCGCCAGAUCCUCUAUCUGUGUGUGGGUGGGUGGGUGGGUGGGUGGCACAAUAGAGGGUUGCCGAGACCUUCAAGCGCCUUGAGGAGAUGAUGGCCAAGCGCAAGGAGAUCGACGGCGGCAAUGACAGCGAGGUAAUCGCGUGUCCAUACCCACAUCCAUCUCACCACACAUACACACACACACACACACACACACAUACACACACUGUUGUCCAUCCACCAGGAGUCGUUCGCGAUUGGCCGGCCGCUGCCGCGAGAGAGGAAGGCCAUGCGCACCACUGGUAGGCACACGUUUCUGCGUCUGUGUGUGUAUGUGAUUCUCUGUGCCUGUCGAUCGAUCAGCUGCCGGGCUGACGGACUACUCGAACACACGCUUCCACAUCGCCGCGUACAUGGACAAACUCGCCAAGCAGGAGGGCGACACUAGCGGCAACAACACAGGUACGUCCCGCAUCUCACACACACGAAACACUUGUCGCAUGUGCGUAGUGAGUGGGUGUUUGUGUGCGUCAUUCAGCCGAGAAGCCGCUCUUUGACGGCAUCCGGCCGCACUCGCCCGACAAACUCCCUGCGCCAAGACACAUAGGUGUGAUGGAUACGCGCACACGUCCACUCACAAACACACAAAGAUCUAUGUGUGUGUGUGUUUUGCCAUAGGUCUGACGGAAGAGCAGCAGCGCAACGUCGAGAUGAGGGACCGGCUGGUCAGCGAGCGAAUGCAGCGGGACAAACUCAUUCAGGUGGGUGGGUCGGUGCCACCGGACCAGUGCACAGCCCUCACACACACGAACGUUCGAACAUGUGUGUUGUGUGUAUUGGUGUCUGUGUGUCCGUGUGUCUGUCGAUAUGCAGGCGUGUGAAGCGCAGCUUGAGGAGAUGACGAGAGCCGACAGGAAGAUGAAGGCAAAGAGGGUGGGUGUGUGAGGUGUGGGCGAGAAGGGGGGGACCCACCACACACACGUCCACACACACACAUGUACUUUGUUGUCGUGCUGUAUCUGUCCACCACCCCUACCCACAGGCGAGCGAGGCGCCCCCGCCCGUCAUCCCCGCCGACCAAGAAACGUACGCAACCAGGGCAGUCCGGUUCGAGCGCAGAUUCGGUCGGCCAAUGGACUCUGGCCAUCAUCCACACCACCACUACCACCAGCAGCAGCAGCACCAGCAACUCAACGAGCGAGAGGUGGGUCUCUUUCUUGCCCACGACAGACAGGCACAGACAUGCACUCUCUUCUUGAGUGACGUGUGUCGUCAUGCACUCACAGAAAGAUCUCAGCCCGCCCCCGUCACCAUCGCCACCUUCCCCGCCAUUUGGCUCACAGGUAUGCGUUCAUUGCGAUCAAUGGGUGGCCUCCAUCCAUCUGCACUGCAGGCACAUGUGCAUGCGGUGUGUGAUGUGUGAUGUGUGUGCGCAGUCGCCUGCACGGCCGCUGAGUGAGCCACACCCAGCAGCCAACGCGCGGGAAUGCAGGAAGACCUCUGCACAACUCGGUGCGCCGCCCUUUGUGCUGUGACACGGGAAUAUGUGUGUGCACCAUCAAUUGUGUGUCAGUGGUGGCUGGUGUUCCUGUGCCGCCACAAGUGGGGUCGCCCCCGGGUAGUGACAAAGCAGCAGAGGUGGAGAGCGGUGUGUGUCAGGACCGCCCCGACCGCCCCGACCGCCCCGACCGCCCCGACCGCCCCGGCCCGGCACACACGCCUGCUCGCAGUGCUGAUGUGGAUGUGGGUGUUGCGGUGGAUGAGGGGUCGGCCUCUGAUGAGCUGCUGACGUACAGCAAGACGAGCUACCUGACCUCACCGUUCCUAAGCGACUCGCCCACACCCAUGCGUACACACACACACACAACACACACACAGAGCACCCACGCAAUGGAUGGAUGGAUGGAUGGCUGCACAGGCCUCCCUGACGCGAAGGCGACAUCGCCUCCACGGCAGCCCGUCGACCGUACGUCUGCAAAUGCACAAAAGACGCACACGCGUAUCACUUCGCUCAUGUGUGUGUGUGGGUGUGUGUGUGGGUGUGUCGCACAGGUCCGAUGGACCGUCUCGACGCCGAGUUUGCGGCCAUUCCGGAGCGGGUCUACCAGGAGGGCAUCAUUCCACCUCAAUCACCACCCCCACCACACAGUGCUGCGGUCAGUGCCCUCUCUCAGAUGAUGGCCCUCUGCAUGCGCCUGUGGUGCAGGAAAGCGGUGGCGAUGGUGUGCGGCCGUUGGUGUCACCUCAGCGGGCGAGAUUGAGGGCCAGCCGGGGCGGCGAUACCGAUGCUGGCCGUCCGACCAUGACAGCCGUGCCAUUCAGCGUACGGAAGGGACCACACAGAGUCACACAGACGCAUGGAAGCAGUGACGUGUCUAUUAAAUGGAUGGACCCAGGUGCCGCCCGACCGUCUGCUGGAGCCAGCGUCACCUGAGCAGGAGAGACCAGAUCGAUCAGAUCGACCAGAUCGACCAGAUCGGCCGGUGGCUUCUCCAGAGCGGAGGAGACGAGCUCCGGUGCGUACACUUACACACCGGCAGCCACAUCCAUCGAUCCAUCCAUCCAUUCCAGGCAUAUGGCCAUGUAUACACAUCUGCGUCUGAUGGGCGUUUGCAGGGCUACUCGUCUCGCAACCCGAUUGCCGGGCUGGAGGACUUCAGAGAGCAGCUGGUGCGUUCGUUCUCGCGGCACCAUACACACACACCUGGAUGGAUGGAUCCGUGUGUGUGCAGGAGGCGACGAUGGAGCGUGUGGUGAGCGGCAUCAUUUCCAUAGAGGAGAAGAGGAGGCAGUCGCUCUCGCCCGACAGAUACGGUGCGCGCACUCAGCCAGUCAUCGAAAAGCGUAUGUGGCGACAUGGACGUGUGUGUCUGCAGGUGGCCGGCCGUGCACGCGAUCGCUCUCUCCUGACAACAAGCGGGCAACAAGAGAAGACGACAAGCAUGGUGCAGGUGACACAGAGAGCCGCGAAACCUACACAAAUUCGUAGGUAUUCUCACACACACACACAGAUGCGGCCUCUCUGUCGCGCAACAACACGUCGCCACCCAGAGGCGCAAGACAGCCCAGAUACGAGUGUAAGCACCACCCCACAACCUCCCCUAUUGCCCAAAUGCGUGUGUGUCUGUAUGCAGCUGUGCCAAAGAGCCACGUGACGUCGCUUGCGUGCACGGACGAUACCGAGACCGAUGCUCCCGGCCACGGCCAUGGAGUGCCAGUCAUCCCGCCACCACCAAUGCCGCCCUGCUCGGCAGGUACUCACGUGUCAAUGCACAUGAAAGCGCUCCUUCCUGACGUCUGUGUGCGUGUGUGUUGUGUGUUGUGUGUGGCAGGGAGCAUUGCCAUGCUGGAAUUGCAGGCGAUGCGACGCAGACAGGAGGGGUCGCCCCACCCCAGCAGCCCCUCUGUGGACGAAAUAGAGAUACCCCCCUUCUCGGCAACGUACAAGAGAGGUACACAGAUAUGCCCACACACACGUACAUGCAACACACGAAGUACGCUGGAUGGUACACAUCAGGUGCGAUCCCCGAUCAACCCCCGCUCCACCGGCCGCCAUCUGUGGUGGCCUCACUGCCGCGAAGCGACGCAGACAACACAAGUACACCCGCUCGCAGACACUCACAUGUGCACAUCCAUCCCUGUGCGUGUGUAUAUGUGUGUGUGUGUGUGUGUGUGCAGGCGAGCGAGGCAUCGAUUCGCCUCCAGCGUGCUGUGUGCCGGCCACGGAAGUGCCCACACUCAGUGCAACACCACAGGUACACAGACAGACAGACAGACAGAUACCUCCUCUAUACUGUGAGCGUGCGCGAGUUUGUGUGUCUCUCAGGGGGAUGACGGUCACCAUCGCACGCAACAGCCCCUUCACGAGAUGGUCUUCAUGUCGCCCAGCAGCAGACAGAGAGAGAGAGACAAGAGUGGUGAUGGUGAUGGUGGUGCGGCUGCGGAUGGCGGCCUCCCGCCACCCAGACACACCAGACAAACAGCAACAACCGAGGUGUGGAUGCAGGCAUCCAGCCAUCCAUCGGACACACACUCAUGGACAAGUGUGUGGUUGUUCUCGGUGACAGUCGGGCUCGCUCACCCUGCAGGAGUCCUUUCUGCAGCGCAUGAGCACCCUCGCCAAGCGCAUAGAGAGGCGACACCAGGCAUGCGGCCACACGCACGCGCACACACACACAUCACUGAGGAUGCAUAUACCGAUCUCUCGCCACAUCUCGCCAUUCUCUGUGUCUGUAGGCGGUCAGGGAGCACUCCGAUCAGCGCAGAAGACAACACGACACGGCCCACAGAUCGCCGCACUCCCGAAAACGAUCGCCGGUUCGCACACACGUCCAGAACACAAUGACGCGUACACGUGUGUAUGCUCAUGCAGCACUUGGAGACGCCCUACUUCGGCAACGCGCCCUACCGGUCGGCCGAGCACACCCCAGCACACCACCACAGAGAGGUACGUUACCUGACCAGAGAGGGACGGAGGGAGAUUACUGCAUUACAGCACCAUGUGUCUGUGGGGACGUCGAUUGCUCGCAGGUGCGUCUGGGCACCCCUGUGGUGCACAAUGCUCGUCAUGGUGGGCCAGCAGCAGCGGCGGGCGGCCGGCAGCAGCACAGGACGCCCUCAUUCGGAUGGGGCGGUAGCGCGUCGCCAUCGCCCAACAGACGGAGAUAGGUUGAUAGACAGCUGUACCUGCAGGUAUGUGUGUGUGGGGAUGGGUCAUGUAUGCGUUGAUUGAGCUGACGAGGGCGUGUUCUGACUGACCCGUGUCAAUAAUUGAACGACGGAUGCACAUGCGCCUUCACAGUGACUGACGGUCAG